AAGAGACUACACAGCAGUCUAAGCUGAAUGGCUCUCUUUCUAUAUAGUCGACUAUAUACCAGUACCCUUUAUGUCGCUUAGUAGAAAUCCGUAAUUGGGUGCCGAUCCUCAGCACGAAAAUGAUUUCCUAUUGAUCUUACAAUCGUGGUUUUAUAGUGCGUGACUAGCUACUAGAUGCAUUGAUACCGCAUCAUCAUUUAUUCAUCAUAAAAUCAAUUUGUGUUCGUCCUACUUUUGGCUUUUGCCUGACGCACGAUGGCCUUUAAAAUUGCUAUACAUUUCAACUAGAACGCUGUUAGUGCGUGGACUUCUUUACGCAAGGUUUGCAGCUUCAGGGAAGAAGGUGUACGUGAGAUUUCUACUGUAAUCAGAUUCUAAGCGAUUGUUGACAGUUCGACUACAGUGAUUGUAGAAACCAGAAAUAACAAUGGGGAUCUGCAUGACCAAAGGUAAGUCAUUAUAGUUACUUAUUUCUCGAAUAAUACUUUCUCUUCAUAGAGCGGCAUAACGAGAGAUUGCAUCUUUUAAAAAAUUAAUUCUCUAAGAUGGUGGAUAGGGAUUUGAAUGCAGAAUAUCGACUGAAAUUGACACAUGUUUUUAACAUUCCCCUUAAAGAUACAACAAAACCGCAAACGAUAAGAAACCAUACCGGUACUGAACUUCAGGCAAUGAAUCACAUAAGCCCAACAGAGGAUACUCUACCCUCUGAGUCGGAUUCUUCAUCUGAAAAUGCUACUAGCCGAGUAUUUGUGAUUGACACUGCUAUAAUGAAGCAUUUUCCAGAGGCUUUAAAUUCUCCUAUGGACAAACACGUGACUCCAGAAUUCCUGAAACGAGUGCCCUUUGUAGUUCAAAGAACCAUUAGAGAGUCGGACAUUUACGCAAUUCCGAACCUGAAUAUAAUUUUCGUUUUCGACACAGAGGAGCAGAAAUCAGAAAUUCUAUCCAACUUAAAGCGGCUGACGGAAAUCAGUGGAAGACUACGUCAUGUUAACAUGCUGGCCACUUUUCUUGAGGUGGCUUCCGUUAUUGGAAGCCAAGACUCAAACAUUAUCCCGCCCUCCAAAGCUCUUGAAGUGUUUAUUAAUCGAAUUUCAUCUGAAAAAGAAAAUGUUGAUGCCUUAUUGGUCACGGGAUACCCACGCAGUAUGCGAGACGUGGUAGAGUACAUGACGAGAGUUCAACGAAUAAGCGGUGUUAUCCUGUUACUCGAUCCCAAAAACGAAUUAUAUGGAAAUGAUGAUUCUGGAACGAAUUUAAUCGACAAGAGCCUACAGUCUGAAUCAGAUUCGAGCACACCGAAUAACUUUCGAUCGAACAUCUAUCCCAUUAUCGAGUUCUUCAAGCAGGAGAAUCUUCUUCACACUGUGAAGCUCGAACGGCCAUUGCUCGAUGUUUUCCACGACGUCUACGACAAAGUUCUGUUGAUUUUGUCACGUUUACCUCAAACGCCUUCGGACGAAGUAUCAGACGAAAGCGAAGUUACAGAAACUGCACCGGCUCCUAAAGCAGAAAUUGCCAGUCAAUCUGGCAUUUGUUCUGUUUCAGUUGAUAGAGUUCGAUCCACAUCUACCACUUUAAACUUGAAAGAACAAGUUAUAAACAAAGACAUACAGGACGUUCUUUCGCUGGUGCGCGCGGGAUCCAUUAUGGGGAGGAUAUCAUCUGCCGCCCAAUCAAAACAAAAAUAGUUUUGCCAGGACUUCACGCGUUCAAACUAUGGUAAAAGCGUACUCGCGUUGAGCCGUUGACAAUUGAAUAUAUACUAAAUAUUAACAUACAAAAAAACAAAAAAAACUUAAAUAUUAACAUGUUGAACUUCAACUACAAUAAAUGGUUAUUUAAG